CCGAUUGUCCGGCCCGAACGGAGAGGAGACAUUUAGGGAGAAGUUUGGAUAAGUGUGGAGGCCAAUGGUCCAGGUUCAGGUCAUUUCCUUUGUCAACUGGAACAAACGGCUUCAAACCGGAAACAUGAACUUUGUUUCGCAACCUACCAUUGCUGUCUGACCUGCUGUGUUUUCCCAGCAUUCUGUUUUUAUUGAGCUUCCAAUACGUGCAGGUGUUUUUUGAUGUUCCUUAAAAGAAAGCUUUAUUCUUUUUUUACAAGACAUUUGCAGAUGAGCAUCACAUCAGGGUCUUCCAGCCUCUUCAUUGUCCAGGAUCGGUUUUCUAUUGACCUUGGAACAUGGCAGAUAAAACUGCUGCACACAAUGGAGAGAAGCCGUAUAUAUGUUCAGUGUGUGACUGUACCUUCAGUCGGUCUUCCAGCCUGGCAAUACAUAUGCGCAGUCACACAGGGCAGCAGCCAUACAAAUGUGGGGACUGUGGGAAGGGAUUCAACUACCCGUCGGAACUGGAAACUCACCGGCGCAGUCACACCGGCGAGAGGCUUUUCAGCUGCUCGGUGUGUGGGAAGGGAUUCACCCGCUCAUCGCACCUGUUGACUCACCGGCCCGUCCACACCGGGGAGAGGCCGUUCACCUGCUCAGUGUGUGGGAAGGGAUUCACUCAGUCCUCCCACCUUCUGACGCACCAGCACAUUCACACUGGGGAGCGACCGUUCCGGUGCACCGUUUGUGGCAAGGGAUUCACCCAGAUGUCCAACCAGCUGCGGCACCAGCGCGUUCACGCAGGGGAGAGGCCAUUCUCCUGCUCCGCUUGUGGGAAGCGAUUCACUCAGUCGUCCACCCUGCUGAGACACCAGCAGACUCACACAGGGGAGAGGCCCUUCACCUGCUCCGUGUGUGGCAAAGGGUUUACUCGGUCCUCCCAUUUACUGGCUCACCAACGCAUUCACACUGAAGAGAUGCCAAUCAGAUGCUCGGCAUCUUGCACCGAACGGAUCUUUGGCUCAGGUAGCACAGGGACCCAGUCAGUUUCCCAGAGUUAUAUGGCAACUUCUGGAGUCUGGAGCGAGUGGGAGAGGGGUCCUGGGAUCUGGGAGCAUUGUGGCAAGAGUGUCUUGGAAUCUGAGAGGACCGAAGGCUACUCUGGGAUGGGAUCGCAUUGGGAGAGAGACCACUGGAUUUGGAACCACUGGGGAUGGUCCCAGGAUGCGGGAACACUGGAAGGUGAUUCUAGAUGUUUGUGAGCACUGGAAGGGGAUUGUGGAAAACUCGGGGCUGGUGAGUGGAGGAAUCAGUUUCUGUUGGCAGCUAGGAGACUUCCAGCAAUGUGCCCAAAACCUGCUGUCACUGGGUUGACCAAAUCCCACCAUCCUGCUAUGACUAUUCCUUUGCAGGAAUGUCAGCUGCCUGUGUCCAGUCCAUUCACAUUCCCUUCCCUCCCCAGUGUAUAUUGAUUAAUGCUUUCCUCUUUCCCGCUGAUUUACUCAGUCACAGAAUUGUUCAGCACAGAAACAGGACUUUCAGCCCUCACCUUUCCACCUCCUUGACCAUUGUCUCAUCUGAUCAUAUUAUCUGUUUUACUGCCUACCACUACUUUGGAAAGUAGUUUAAAUAUCCCCAAAGUGAUAUAUAAAUAUCCACAAAGAUUACUUCAUGAAGUGAAGUUGUUAGAUAUUACAAGUACUUCAUAAUUGCAUCAUUUGCAGAGCACUGGGGCCAACAAGUUGAUGAGAUUCAUAUGCCAUAUUCGUUAUCUAUUAGUCCAUUGGGGAAUACUAACAUGGUUUCCAGCUCUCUGAAUAAUGUUACAUUCUCAGGAUAAAGCUGAACCACGCUGGUUUCCUUGGCUGCGUAAGUCUAGGGCAGACACUCUCAAGUCCUGCAAAACUUGUGAGAUUGAGAUGGCUCGUCCCACCCCAAACCCCGCUUUGUAUGGACGCUGUGUAAUUUGCCACACUGUUGCAAAGUAGUAACAGUGUAACAAAUAACAAUCAGUACACUGCAUACGAUUAAAGGAAUUAUAUUUAUGAAUCUAAACUUAACUAAAGGGUUAGUCAAAAAUAACGAAAAGAAAACAGCCCAUUCUAAUUAAAGAGUCAAAUGUGCAUAAGGUGGAGCCGAUCUUGAACUUCUCUGUCACUCGUGCACUGGACCCUCGGUCAACGUGAAAGCACACACCACCUUCCGAACAUCGCUUGCAACCCACCUCGAACAAACGUGUCUCCCACCGGGUUGUAUGCUACGACCGGUUCUCCCAGCGUCUUCUCUCUUCAUCUCCUCUCGAACAAAAGCCCCAAGCCCAGCUUUAUUGUCUCUCACCAAGAAAACCUCCCACUAAUUGGCUGGCACACAUUCCAUACCAUGCCUUAUCUUUAACAAUAACCCAAAUAGGCUGAAAGCAGAACAGGCAUGCUGUUACAGAGCUGCUAAAUGAAUUACCUACAGCAUAACUGUAAAGAUGUGAACCAGGGAAAAACCUUUGUGCACUGUCUAUUCUUAGUGAUUGUGCUUUAGAAAGUGGAGGUCAGCUAAUCUCUUGCCCAUAUAGUGAAGGAAGACCUGCACUGGCAUUGCCAGAUCUUAACACAGCAAUGCUACAGGUGUCAGAAGGGAAACCCAAGUCGCCAUGUACUUACUUGUCAUUAUCCCUUGUAUGUUGUUCAGAUGUAGUUUUGGGAGGCAGUUGUAGAUAAGUAAUGCUGCUCACUUCAUUAUGGUUUACAUUUCAAUCUUAGAGUCAUGGUGUAAUACAGAAUGGUAAACAUGUCCUUUAUCCCAUCAAGUACAUGCCAACUAUCCAACCUAAACCCAUUUUGUUAUUUUAACAUUCUCAUCAGUGCCCUCUAGUUCUAGUACUUGACAACUGAUAGUGCCAAGGAAUCUCUGUCUUUGAGUUAUAGGAGGAAACUGAAGCACUGGCAGGAAGCCCACACUAUCACAGGUAGUUAUGCCAUGAUGUUGCAGCUAAAAAUACCGUGACUAUUGUACCUUUUCCCCACUUCGGAGCAGCCUUUUGUCUCCCUGUCCUAUCCUUCCAAAAUCAUAAAUACACACAGACUUGCAGUCCUCUUUCUAACUAUGAGAAAUGUUCAAAUUUGUAUUUUCAUAUGAUAUCUGAAGCUGUCCUAUCUUGAUAAACUUUAGGACAAAAGAAAUCCUUUAGAUGCUGGAAAUAUUGAGAAACACACACAAAAUGCUAGAGGAACUCCAAAUUAUUGUACUUCUCCCACUUCCUGUCAGGCUGGAUCAAGGAUCUCAGCCUGAAAUGUCAACUGUUGAUUGCCUCUCCAUAAAUUUUGCCUGAAUUGUUGAGUUCCUCCAGUAUUUUCUCUGUGUUGAUAAACUUCAGUGUCAUUUCCACAAGGCAAUGCCCAUACUGCUUAGAAAAUCUCCAACAUUAGAGAUCACUUUGGUAUUUUAUUUAAUGUUCUGGACAUCUAAACCUCAAGGUUUUUAAAUACCUUUGAACUCCAGUUCAGUUAGCUAUUGUUUCUUGAAGCUAAAUGGAUUUAUCUUCAAUAGGGUCCAAAUUAGAAAGUGAUGACCACACAGACAGCAGCCAAUGAGUAGCUCAAUGGUAUUUUAUUUUCCUGUUUGAUUUAAAUCAUUUGUAAAAAUUAAUUUUUUGCACAGUUAAAAGCUACCUUAAUUCUAUUUUGAGAUUUCAAGGAAGGAAA